AUGAAACUCCUCCUUGGGGCUGGUGUCGCCGCGGUGGUUGGGACGGCGCAAGCGGUAAACGUCCGGCCAAGCAUGGGGGUUCUCUCGACCAGUGGGACGGCGUGCCUGCUGGAUGAGUCCAAGGCUGGUAGCGAUCCAAUCCCUCCGCAGUGCGGCUGUUCCUUCAGUCGCUUGGCUGAUAUGAAAGAGAAGUGCGCAGCGCUAUCUUCUACUUCCACUUCACGAGAAGCAGAAGAAUGCUCGAGCAUACCCUGCGAGAUCUGCUGCGUCAUGCGAAGUGCCUCCGUCCCGGUAGCAGGAGAGGACCGUACUCAUUUAGAUUGCAAGAAGAAGUGCCCCAAAUCGGAAGAAAUUUUGUCAGCCGUACGCGUUAGGGUGCAGGCGAUGGACCUCACUGACGUCUUUUAUCCUCCGAACGAAGAGCCUUUGUCGCCCGUGCCGGGGCUGCCAACGACGCAGCAGUUCGAUGUGCCGUCGCCGCCCCCCUUCACGGCGGCGGGCCCUUCAUCUGAAACAACUUAUCCACUGCUCACUCUGCCAUCCGAAGAAGAUUUUGCUGCCGCAGAGCCAACAUCGCCCCAGCAGCUAGAUUCAAUAUCUAGAGCAAACAAUGCCGUCAUACAGCAGACAGCAGAGGCGUGA